UUCACCGGAAAAAAACCUUUCACCUCUGCCGUUGUGCAUGAGGUUGGCGGGCUGCUGUUCUAUGUGUCUUGGAUAUAUUUCUUUAAAUUUUGCUGCAUAACUCGUAAAGGAAACUUCGUAGCCAAAUCACUCAGUACCACGCGGAAUCUUUUCAGUCGGGUAAGUUAACGGUGGUAGCUCAGCCAUGCCGUCCAGCGCUGGACCUAGCAGCCCCGCCGCUGCACUCGCCGAAGCGCUGGAAAACUCUUCCCGGCUGAUUGACAGACACCUGCAGGAUGAUCGCUGCUUUCCUGACCUGUCGGAGCUGCUCAGCGUCCCCUCUCACAAUAUGCCGUCCCUCUCUGGAGUGUCAGACAUGGACUACCCCCUCCAGGGACCGGGUUUACUCAGUGUGCCAAAUCUCCCAGAGCUCAGUGCAGUCCGCCGGGUCCCUCUGCCGCCUGAGCUGGUGGAGCAGUUCAGCCAUAUGCAAUGUAACUGCAUGAUGGGAGUUUUUCCAGAGAUCUGUCGAGCAUGGCUUACUAUUGACAACGACAUUUUCAUGUGGAGUUAUGAAGAUGGAGGAGAUGUUGCCUAUUUUGAUGGCCUUAUUGAAACCAUUCUGGCAGUGGGCCUUGUUAAACCCAAAAAAGGGAUUUUACAGCCACACAUUCACUACCUCUUAGUAUUGGCUACGUCUGUGGAUGUAGUGAUCCUGGGGCUGAGUUUCCCCAAGAGCCAGGCUGGGUUGAAUGACAGCAUGUCUGGCGGGAUGCAGCUGCUACCAGACCCCCUCUUCUCAAUCCCCACAGACAACACCUACAUCCUAUCCAUCACCUCCACAAACCUGGGACGCAUCUUUAUGGCAGGAAAGGACGGCUGCCUCUAUGAGAUAGCUUACCAGGCCGAGGCAGGAUGGCUGAGUCAGCGCUGCAGAAAAAUCAACCACUCCAAAAGCUCCCUGUCCUUCCUCGUCCCCUCUGUGCUCCAGUUCUCCUUCUCUGAAGACGACCCCAUUGUGCAGAUUGCUAUUGACAACUCCCGCAACACACUAUUCACACGCUCGGAGAAAGGUGUCCUGCAGGUGUAUGACCUGGGGGCUGAUGGGCAGGGUAUGAGUCGUGUGGCAACCAUGUCCCAGAACACCAUUGUUGCAGCUGCUGGAAACAUUGCCAGGACAAUCGAUCGUUCUGUCUUCAAACCUAUUGUCCAGAUCUCUGUGAUUGACCGAUCCGAGUCCUCAGACUGUCACCUGCUCGCCGUCACUCAUGCAGGUGUGCGUCUCUACUUCAGCACCACACCUUUUGCCCUUCCACACCAGAGGCAUGUGGCAGUUCGACCUAGCCUGCUAGCUUUGGUCCACGUCCGUCUGCCACCAGGGUUUUCUGCAUCCUCUACCCUGCAGAAACCUGCAAAGGUUCAUAAAGCACUACAUAGCAAAGGCGUUCUGUUAAUGGCUGCUUCUGAGACAGAGGACAGCGACAUUCUGUGGUGCAUCAACCAUGACUCCUUCCCCUUCAAGAAACCCCUGAUGGAGACUCAGAUGAUGUCGAAUGUAGAUGGACACUCUUGGGCUCUUUGUGCCCUUAACGAGGAGAGGCCAUCCAAGAUUUUCACUCCCCUGAACAAGGACCAGAUUCCCAUCACAGAUUCACCUGUGGUGGUCCAGCAGCACAACAUUCCUCCGCAGAAGUUUGUCCUUCUUUCUGCAAAGGGGAGUCAUAUCUUCCAAAAACUGCGGCCGGUAGACCAGCUCCGUCACCUGCUGGUGAGCUGCGCUGGAGGAGAGAGUGAAGAAAUUGAGCGUUUCUUCAAGCUGCACAGGGAGGAGCAGGCUUGUGCCACAGCAUUGAUCCUGGCCUGUUCCAGCGCUGCUAGUGACAGAGAGGUUUCACAGUGGGCCACCAGAGCUUUCUUCAGAUAUGGAGGAGAAGCACAGAUGAGAUUCCCAGCAGCCAUGACAUCUCCCAGUAAUGUCGGACCUGUGAUGAGCUCUCCAGCACCAGGCAUCGUGCCCCCGGCUUUGGCCACACCUUUUGCACCAAUGCACUCCGGGUCUGCCCCCAUCACACCCAUGUCAGCUGGCCCGGAGGUGAUUUUCUCAGGGAAACACAACGGCAUCUGCAUCUACUUUGCUCGAAUACUUGGAAAUAUUUGGGAUGGCAGUCUUGCUGUUGAGAAAACCAUCAGCAAAGGAAAUCAGACCGUCAGUAUUUUGGAAAGCAGCGUUAGUUCGUUUGAUCUGGAGUCAGUGCUUAUGGAGCUCUGUGGUCUGCGGGAGUUCCUUGAUAAAAACUCUCAGUUCAGUCCGUCCGCUCUUGGUGCUGCAAGCUUCAGCUCCCCUGCCAACCUGCAGCAAAGGCUGCUGGGAUUUAUGCGCCCUGACGGAGCCAGCUCUCAGCAGGUCCAACAGGAACUCCAGAGGAAAUAUCACACAAAGGCUCAGGUCUAUGAGAAAGUAUCCCUGCAGGGCAUCCAGCAGUUAGUCCAUCGCUCCUAUCAGACUCUGGCCCUUUUGAAGCUUCUCUGUGAUCAUCAGUUCAGCCUCAUUAUGUCUGAGCUGCCAAAGGAGUUUCAAGAGCAGAUGAAGGGAGCAAGUUUUAAGGAUAUAGUGAUCAGGGGCAAGGAGCUGUCUGGAGCACUCAUCACAGCACUCAUUAAUGUCUACAUCAAAGAUAAUGCCUCUGUGGAGGCCAUCAGCAAUCACCUGCGGGACAUCUGCCCCCUGCUGUACAGCAGCGAUGACAGCGUGUGCUCCAAGGCUAAUGAGUUGCUGCAGAGCUCCAAGCAGAUUCAGAAUAAAGCAGAUAAAGAGCGAACACUGAGGGAGUCUCUGCGGCUCUAUCAGCAAAUCAGCCAACACACAGACCUGCCGCUGGUCUGCUCCCAGUACAGACAAGUGCGUUUCUACGAGGGAGUCCUUGAGCUUUGCCUCACAGCAGCAGACAAGAAGGAUCCACAGAGACUUGGGCCCCACUUCUACAAGAACGGAGAGCCUGAAGAGGACGGAGUAGGACAGCAGGCCUUCCUGGAAAGACUUUGUUGUUAUAAGUGCAUCACAGACACCAUGCAGGAGCUGGUGAACCAGAGCAAAGCUGCCCCUCAGUCCCCCAGCGUUCCGAAGCAGCCUGGUCCUCCUGUCAUGACCUCUGACCCAAACAUGCUCAGCAACGAAGAAGCUACAGCUCAUUUUGAGCAGAUCCUCGGUCUGGCCCAGAGGUCUCAGGAUGAGCUGUUUCACAUCGCUCUGUACAACUGGCUGAUCCAGGCCGACCUGACUGACAAGCUGCUUGAGGUGAAUUCUCCGUACCUUGAGGAACAUCUGAUGCAUAUGAUCAAGCAGGACCAGAGUAAGGUGCACAACAUGGACCUGUUGUGGCGCUACUACGAGAAGAACCGUAACUUUGGCAAGGCAGCUCACGUAUUGGCCCGUCUCGCUGACAUGCACAGCACGGAGAUCUCAUUGAAACAGCGUUUGGAGUACAUUGCCCGAGCCAUCCUGUCUGCUAAGAGUUCCUCCUGCAUCUCAGCCCAGGCAUCUGAUGGAGAGUUCCUUCACGAGCUGGAGGAAAAGAUGGAGCUGGUGCGUAUCCAAGUACAGAUCCAGGAGUCCCUGAUCAGACAGUACUCCCAUCAUCCCUCAGUGAAAAACGUCAUCUCUCAGUUGGACUCGGAGCUCAUGGACAUCACCAAGCUCUACGGGGAGUUUGCUGACCAUUUUAAAUUGUCCGAGUGCAAGCUGGCCAUCAUUCACUGUGCCGGACACUCUGACCCCAUCCUGGUGCACUCACUGUGGCAGGAAAUCAUGGAGAAAGAACUGGGAGACACCGUGGCUAUGAGUCCAGCAGACAGGAUGAGGUCUCUCAGUUUGAAACUGGUAUCACUGGGGAAGAUUUACGCCGGAACACCGAGAUAUUUCCCUCUGGAGUUCCUAGUGAAGUUUCUAGAGCAGGAGGUGUGUCGACUGAACUGGGACGUGGGCUUCGUCACCUCGACCAUGCAGGAGAUUGGAGUACAGCUGCCGCGUCUCCUGGAGGUCUAUGACCAACUCUUCAAAACUCGAGAUCCCUGUUGGCAGCGGCUGAAGAAACCUCUCCACUUGGUGGAGUGUAUCCACGUGCUUCUGUCGGGAUAUGUGGAUGAUCCCAGCAGAGUGCCAACCUAUGACAGACGCCGAUUCACUAACGUGUGUCUCGACAACAUCUGUGGAUACCUUGUGGAGCUGCAGUCUCUGAGCCCAAACUCGGCCCUUCAACAAACCAUCGGCAACUUCAAGUCACUGCAGGCGAAACUGGAGAAGCUCCACUGACGUUCCUUAUAAUGAGGUUCUUCACAGGACAAGGGACAGGUGACCUCUGGGUUGUGCACUGUAGGCCUUAAUUAAACAGCUGAUUUAAAAGUGUGAUCAGCACACACAACAUGAUGUUUGUAUUCCACAGUAGAGUUUGCUUCUUUUUCUCUUCAGUCUGAUGUGUUACAGCUUAACAAGUGCUUGUUGUUGAUGGACAGUGGGAGCACAUGACGGUAAAGUCUUCUGAUAAAGACGAGGGAGACAGAAGAGACAAGUUUUAUAACUUAUUUAAUACAUUUUGUUAUAAGUCUAAACAUGCUGGGAUACAACUUUGGAAAGCAAGGCGCUGUUGGUUAUUUGCAUUGUGUGCAAGUAACUGUCAGACGUCUAAAACGACAAAGAUAUUUGAGUUACCUGUGUUUAUAAAAACAUGAAAUCACUGAAAUUUACAGGCGAGUUUUCGUAUAUUGAAAAUGCACUUAUUGACAGUUGAUUUGAGAUAUUUUCAUAUGAAAACCUGACUAAAGCUUUUUGAUCACAGGAGAAUUAUUUUGAUUGUUUGCCUCCAAACGAACAGUUCAGUGUUGGAUGUUGUAUUUAUGUACAUAUCUUGGCCAUAAUGUCUCUUCUGCCAAAGGUCAUGCACACACCUAAACAAUUUUUUUUCAUGUGUAUUAUUUACAGUGAGCAGUGGCUCAUACAUCUAACAGUGCUUUUGUGAUUUUUUUUUUU